ACGAGCACCCGGCUUAAAAGGCGACGCCCAUUUGACCGGGAGAGCGAGGGGGAGCAGCAACCGGAAGCCACCAUCGCCAGUCCGCCACCACCAACCACAGAGCCAAGAACUCCAAGCAAAAUCUAGCGCUCCGGCCGUCUCAGCCAUGUGGGAUGGAGGCGUGGAGCACGGGAGCCAACAGGAGGCCGCGCCGCACCAGCUGCUCCCGUGGCUCGGCGCGGCGCCUUUCUCCUCCGAGCAGGCCGUGGCGGGCCUCGGCGCCAUGGGAGCCUACGCCUGCGACGGCGUCGGCGCCGUCGGUGGGCUCGGGCACGGCGGGGUGUUCGGCUUCGGCUUUGACGCGGUGCAGCAGCAGCAGCAGCAGCGCGCGGCGGAGGGAGGCGGCGGCGGCAAGGCGGUCGUGUCGGGGCUCCUGGGGAGCCUGCAGGCGGAGCUGGGGCGGAUGACGGCGCGGGAGAUGAUGGACGCCAAGGCGCUGGCGGCGUCGCGGAGCCACAGCGAGGCCGAGCGCCGGCGCCGGCAGCGGAUCAAUGGCCACCUCGCCAGGCUCCGCAGCCUCCUCCCCAACACCACCAAGACGGACAAGGCGUCGCUGCUGGCCGAGGUGCUGGACCACGUCAAGGAGCUGAAGCGGCAGACCUCGGCGAUGAUGGUGGCCGCCGCCGCUGCUUCCGUUGCCGGAGACGACGACGAGGGCGCCGGGCCGGCGCAGCUCCUGCCGACGGAGGCCGACGAGCUGGCCGUGGACGCGGCGGCCGACAGGGCCGGGCGGCUCGUGGUGCGCGCGUCGCUCUGCUGCGAGGACCGCCCGGACCUCAUCCCGGACAUCGUCCGGGCGCUCGCCGCGCUGCGGAUGCGCGCGCGCCGGGCCGAGAUCACCACGCUGGGCGGACGCGUCCGGAGCGUGCUCCUCAUCACCGCGGUCGAGGGGGCGGACGACAAGGGCGACGACGACGGGCGCGCCGCGUCGCACCGGAGGCACGAGUGCAUCGCGUCGGUGCAGGAGGCCCUGCGCGGCGUCAUGGACCGCAGGACGGCCGAUAGCGACACGUCGUCCACCGGCGGAGGAGGUGGCGGGAGCAUCAAGAGGCAGCGCAUGAACUACGCCGCACAGGAGCAGUGCUCGGUGUAGCACGUGCAUGUGUAAUGUGUGUGUUCCAGCGUUAGCUGCAUUUAUGCCGUUUAUAUAUGCUUUUAUUUGCAUGGAUGCAUAUGCAAAUGGACGCAUAAAUGCAAGCUAUUUAGCAUAGCUAGUAGUACAAGUUUAGCCGUCGUUUCAAGCUUUGUUGCCGUUGUUUCUUCGGGGUAUAACGUUGGGUGCAUCAGUGCAUGUCUCUGCAUGCAUGAUGGAAAAGAGAGGUUCAGGAGGGAGCGUUUUAUGUAUCCCUAAGUAUGUUCAUGUAACCAUGCUCAUGGUACUGAUUACCGAAUUGGCAUGUACUGGGAAAAAGGUGAUAUGGGUGUACAAAUGCACAAUCUAUGGGGUAUAAUGCAAGGUGGAAUUGGUGGCAUGUUUUUUUUCAUUCCACUUCUGAUUUGAAGCA